ACGACAAAUUACAAAUUAAAUUUCUUCCCUUUUGCCUUUUUGUGUCUUUUGCUUUUUCAGCAAACCUUCUAUAAUUCUUAUCAACCUUCAAUAUUUUCCAAUACCGAUAAUUUGGAAGUAAUCUUUGUUUCCGGAUUUCGAAUCACAAACGAAACAACAGAGUGCGAAAAGUCGAACUCGGAAUUUACUCUUUUUUUCAAUGUAUCCGAAGGUGAAGGUGAGGCUACAUGAUCAACAAGAAGAUCAGUUUUCUCCACAAGAUGAUCACAGAAAGUUGCUGUUGGCAAACAUCCAUGCAGCGAAGGAGAUUAAAAGUUGUUCUUCACCAUUGCUUGCCAGAUUAACCAUGGAGGCUUAUGCACCUAAGUUACCCAGACAAUCAAUUUCUUCAUCCAAAGAGAACAGCAAAAAUCUUGGCAAGGCUACAACACCAGAUGCUAAAGCUUGCUUAGUCCUCCGUCCUCGCGCCGUGUUAUCGAGUCCUGAAAAUGAUGGGAUGAUUGGAAGCAUAAACAAGAUAGUCGAUCGUAAGAACUCACCGGCUAUCAAAGUGCAAAACCCUAAUACUGCUACCAGUUCUGCACAAAGGCCCCAUCAAGAAGCCAAGAAAGCUCCAAGUCAGGCGAAGAAGAAGGCAACUGCAACUGCAAGGCCUAUGGCUAUGAACACGAACAAAGGCUCCAAUAUUAAAACAUUAUUUAACAGUAAUAAUGGCGAUGUGAAAAGUAAGUUUCAGAAAGCCUUGGUGGGAAAACAGCAUGCAUGUCUUGGAACGUGGAAACCAAGUUUCACUUCAAGUUAAAUUUCGGUGUGCUAAAUGAUUUGUUUCUUUCAUCAUUUGAGCUUUGUUAAGGUGUGAUGUAUUUCACUUGUGAGAAUUUAUAUAUCGAGUUCUUCUCUUAUUCUACUAUUGUAAGUCGAUAAACGUAAAUUUGUCAUUUGGAUUUUAGAUUUUAACUCUCGAACUUUGUCCAACGUACAAAGACAAGACACUACUAAACUUAUUGAAAAUGAUACAAUUAUUUGUUUC